GGGCGCCCUCUGCCGGCGGGGUGGGGGGCGCCCUCUGGCGGUGGGGAGGGCGCCCUCUGGCGGCCCGCGGCCAUCGCGCGCCAUUCGAGCGGCGCUCGCGCUCCGGCCCGCGCCUGCGCACGUGCGGUGCGAACGCCGGGGCCGGAAGCGGCGGCGGAGGGCGCUGGCGGCGUCCCUGGGCCGCUGGCUCGCGCUGCCCGCGCCCCGCCGGGGGCGCGCGCCGCCGGGCAUGGGGCCGCCGCGAAGGUGAGGAGCGCUGCUGGCGCCCGCUCCGCCAUGAGCUGCACCAUCGAGAAGAUCCUGACGGACGCGAAGACGCUGCUGGAGCGGCUGAAGGAGCACGACACGGCGGCCGAGUCGCUCAUCGACCAGUCCGCCGUCCUGCACCAGCGCGUCGCCGCCAUGAGGGAGGCGGGCGCGGCCUGGGCCGAGAAAGUGAGAGCGGGCGGCGAGCGGGGGGCGGGCGGCGAGCGGGGGGCGGGCGGACCCACAGCCGUGUCUCUGCAGGGCCAGGGCGCCGCGGCGGAGCGGGCCGACCCGAACCGGCUGCGGCCGCACCUUCUCCUCUCCCAGGAGAACACGCAGAUCCGCGACCUGCAGCAGGAGAAUAGGGAGCUAUGGAUCUCCCUGGAGGAGCACCAAGAUGCAUUAGAGCUUAUCAUGAGCAAAUACCGGAAGCAGAUGCUACAGCUUUUGCAAGGGAGGAAAGGUGAAGAUACAGAACCAGCCUUGAAAGUUCAUCAGGCUAAUUCCUUGGAAAUUGAAAGUCAAAUAGACAGAAUAUGUGAGAUGGGAGAGGUGAUGAGAAAAGCUAUUCAAGUCGAUGAUGAUCAGUUCUUUAAAGUUCAGGAGAAACUAGCUCAGUUGGAGCAAAAAUAUUGAUUUUGCAGCUUGAGAACAAAGAGCUGCGUGAACUAUUGUCAAUCAGCAAAGAAUCUUUUGAGGUGGGGAGAGAAGAUCUGCCUGACUGUGAAGCGUAGGUCACAAAAUAACCUUAUCUACAAAUCUUGACUUCAGAGACUAUUAUGAAACUACCCUACAAGGAUGGGUUCUGAUUUGUUCUUUCAGGGGUUUCCCUGUAUGAUUGUUUUCUCUUUCAAAAUGUGUGGGUUGUUUUCUCUGCAUUUUUCUGAAAUUACAUACUCCUGAUGGCAAAGGCUUGCGUUGCUGCGCUGUCUUGGUAAUUGCAGCAUACAGAUGCUUAACAAUGAAGUAUUUAUGAUGUGUAAUCCCUUGUGAUAGUUUAUUUCCUCUCCCAUUUGUUAUUUUUGUGAGCUUUAGUUAAUAAUUCCAGCUGUGCAGAUGGCACUUAAAUCCACCUCGUCGGUAGCUAGAGAACAUAAUACAGGUUGUCGUUAUUUCAUUUGAUAGGAGAAAUAAGAGAUUAUUCAAAAACUGUGUUGUAAAUGGUAGGUACGCAUUUUGCUCUGCCUGCACAAAGCAGGCGCGCAGAGCUGUUGUUUUGCUUUGAAGAGCUAACACUCAGGAUUUGGCUGGGUUAGAUUGUUUCUUGGACAACUGCCUAGAAUCGCAUCAAGAGAACAGCAGAGCGCCGAUAGAGCACUUCAAGUCGUAACUCAUGUAAGGAGCAUACUUCACCUUGAUUCAGAGGUGAAGAAUAAGAGCGGAUGACCCUUUCUGACACCUGUGUGCUUUUGAAGGAUGUUGCAUAUCUGACUAAUUUUUUUUUAUGGGUAGACCUGUUCCGGCUUUACCAGUGCUUGUGGAUACUGGCGAGCUCUGAUCUGAAGGCAGUGCGCUCAAACCCUGCAUACAACACAGCACUUUCAGAUCAAAGCUCUUUGGCCUCCCGCCACUUCGGACUUCAGGAGGAGUGAGCGGAGGUCUGCCUCAAAACUAAACCAAAACCAACCAUGUAGCCAUGUUUUAAUGUUACAUCACAGGUAAGUCUAGUGACAGAUGUUACGUAGUUAUUGCAGAAUCCUUUACUGAGUGGAAUUAGAGUUGCAGUGUUGUAGGAAUUUAUCAAUAUUGUGAUGUUUUAACGAUGUUUUUAUAUAAAAAUUUCUGUCGUUCUUACCUGUGAUCAAAUAAUAAUCCUCUGAGAACAAUAAACAUCUCAUUUCCAAUGUCAGUUUAAAUUUUUAUGCCACUUUUACCCAAGUGAGAAUCUUGUCAGAUGCAGAAGGUGAUUUACAGGCCUGUGCUUAUUAGGACACACUUUCUUGCAACCAUUUGGAAUGUCCAGCAAGACUGUUUGGUAGAUGUAAGGGAUUUCUGUACAGGAGCAUUGUAUACAAUCCUUUUCUAUUAGAAAUUGUUUAAGAGGGAAUAAAAAAACCCCAGUGGGCAGUA